CCGACCUCCCCCUGCAUAUGCAUCGUCACGACCAUCGCCGGCUUCAACCCUCCUCGAAGGUCCAAAGUGAUGGUGGAUGAGUGCAUCAGGGAUGAUGAAAAUCUGCCAAGAUGGUUGGUCCAUUGCAACACUGCACUGACGUACUUGUUUUGCCGUCCGUGAUACAGUGGAGAAGACUUGGGACUUGUCCCCUCAGGAGGGGCGUCAUGUCAUCUUCAGCGUAUCGUAGCCCCAUCAUUGCCAUGUCUGUUUCCAUUACGUCAUGAUGGGUUGUCGUUCUCACCCUAAUGCAAGGUUUUGGGAAGGGUGGUUGGCAAAACAGUAAGGCCUCCCCUCCCAUACUUGGGGUAUGCGCACAAGAGGAGGAGGAUUCGGCUAUAGAGGAGAGGAGAGGAAGGAGUUGAAAGCAGAGAGGUUGGGAGGAAGAUUCGGCUAUAGAAGAGGGAGGAGUAGAUGCCAAAAGAAAGAAGGGGGGACAAAGGUUUAAACUGGUGUGAUUAUUAUCUUAGCCCUAUCGGAGAUGUUUGUUUGAGAUAAUAGAUCCUUUGUUAUUACAGUCUUUCAGAAAAGGUUGUGAGGGGUCAAUUGUUGCUCUUUCCAUCCUCGCCAUUGGUGACAGGUGAACUGGAUGAGGUAUCCAGGUCAGCUACGUAGUCCAGGCUGCCACUGUGUAUGGUGUGUAGCAUUUACUCCUGGUGGUGGUGGUUUGGCAGGUUCCAUCUUUUUUUGUUGUUCUUGCUUGUCUGACCAAAGCAUUGACGUGGAAAGCAAAGACAAUGCACAAUGCAGCUCCCGGUGCACUUGAGUGAGGCUGCAGUUUACGAUAAUGACAAGUCACUGAGGUCAGGGUUUGUGAGACGCAGUCUUCCUGCCUUGCUUCGCCGGAACGGUUGGAUUUUGCUGAAGCUGGGGCUUCUCUUGUUGCUGGUUGUGGUGGCAUUGGCCUGGACAUUUGCUAGCCUGCCACGUGUCAAUGAUCUUGAGGAUGAAGAUUUCUCUUUGCCCUUGGCCUUGUCAUUUGGACGAUGGGCAGGUGCAAAUGUGCAGCAUGAAAUUGUCACAGAAGGUGAAGUGGAAAGAACCAUGGAAGAUGAUGGUGGUGCGAAUGUGGACGAUGAGGACGACGGCAUUCAUCAUGAGGAGCUUCAGCAGUGGCGUACGUGGGGUACAAAUACAGCAGAGCAUACAAACAGGGAAACUCGUGAAGGAGUGAAUGGGGAAGGUGGGCGGCGCAGAGUAGGAUUAGGACUGUGGUUUAUGAAAAAGGAGGAAGAGAAGAAGGAUGAUAGGACACGAAGGAGGGUGGGAGACAACCACGACGGGAAGGGCAAUCCUAUCAUCAAUAUGGUUCAAGGAGGGACAGAUGUGGAUGGGGAGGUAGCACGAGAUUUUGACGGCCUCGGGAUAGCCAAGAAACUGGUUGGGGGACAAGGGAAUGACAUGGGGACUCUGAGAGCAGAAGAAGAACAUCCACAUGGGGAGCAGCAUAAAACUGCACUGCAGAAAGAGGAGGAUGGGGAAUUGAAUGAUGGAGUGCAUCCAGGGCCGUUGAUGGAGUCUCAGGUCAGUUCCAAAAAUGCUGGCAUUGAAUCUCCCAUUAUCAAAGUGAAGCAGGAGAACAAGGGAAACCAGCUUGAGGAAGAGAAGGGGAGGAAGAAGCACAGGGCUGAUGCCAGCGGACGUGAGUUGGUUGGUCUCCGUUUGGGGGGAGAUGUUAAGAAUUCGGCAUACGGAGGUGGAUCAGGAAAAGUUUUGACUGACCCCUGGGAGGCAAGGCAAAAGGCAGUGACAGAAGCCUUUACACGUGCAUGGGAAGGGUACAAGAAGUUUGCAUGGGGAUACGAUGAGCUGGCUCCGCUUGCAAGACGUGGCUUGAAUAAUCUGGGCGGUCUCGGUGCCACUAUCAUUGACGGUCUCGAUACGGCCAUGCUGAUGGGAUUAAGUGACAUCGUGGAUGAAGCAGGGGGCUGGGUGGAGCAUGAGCUGGAGCACAGGCUGAUGUAUGGUGGGGAUGUCAAUGUCUUUGAGACAACCAUCCGAGUGCUGGGCGGGCUGCUAAGCGCAUACUUUCUGCGCGACAAGGGGUAUUCGUCUGCUGGGCCGGAGGCCAGCGUCUAUUUGGAUAAGGCGAAGGUGUUGGCAGGUAAGUUAAUGGGAGCAUUCAGSGACAGUCCAACUGCAGUCCCUUUGUCAGAUGUGCAUCUGGCAACGGGUCGUGCAUCGGCUUCGAAGUUYGAUAUGGGGUCGAGCAGCACAKCUGAGGCGGCCACCCUCGGGUUGGAGCUCUGGUAUGUCAGCCAGCUUACAGGUGACUACCAGUUUGGUGAUGCUGCCCUUAAGCUCAUGCGGCAUUUGUCAAUCCUCCCGAAAACAGACGGUCUCGUUCCCAUCUUCAUCAGCCCAUCAACCGGUCAAUUUCAAGGUGACAACAUACGGCUCGGUUCUCGCGGGGACAGCUACUAUGAAUACCUCGUCAAGAUGUGGAUGCAACAGGGCGGAGCUCGCCCAGGAGGGGAACAUGUCUCGUGGCUGAGGAAAAUGUAUGACGAGGCCAUGACAGGUGUGAAGACACGGCUAAUAUCGCGAUCCUUCCCUCAAGGUCUCACAUAUGUUGCAGAGUUGCCUUCAGGGCCUGGUGGUGGAAAAUACCCGAAAAUGGAUCACCUUGUGUGCUUUUUGCCUGGCACACUCGCUCUGGGAGCAACGCGUGGCAUGCCACUCAAGCAAGCACAAGCCACGGGCCUUCUCUCCCAACGGGAUGUGGAUGAUCUCAAGAUCGCAGAGGAGCUGACACAUACAUGUUUUGAAAUGUACAAUGCCACGCUGACAGGACUUGCCCCGGAGAUAGCCUAUUUCAACACAAGGCAGGAAGGGGGUGAUGACCCUGACCGAGGCACACGCCCUGAUGCAUGGUACGGUAAAGAUAUUGUGAUUCACAGCCAGGACAGACACAACCUCCUGCGACCAGAGACAGUAGAGAGUCUGUUCUAUUUAUAUAGAAUCACAGGCGAUGGCAAGUAUCGUGAAUGGGGUUGGAAGAUCUUCCAGGCUUUCGAGAACUAUUCCAAGGUGGAAACAGGUGGUUAUUCAUCUCUUCAAGAUGUCACACGGGUUCCCCCACCUCGGAGGGACAAGAUGGAGACUUUCUUCGUUGGGGAAACACUCAAGUACCUCUACUUGCUGUUUGGUGAUCCAGGGGUAAUGCCACUCGAUUCUGUUGUUUUCAACACAGAAGCACACCCCCUGCCGAUUCUGGAAAACCAUGGUGAUAUGCGYGCUCAMUCUCUAUAAGCUUGUAUAGAGGCUGUGUUGCUUCAACUGAUUCAGUUCAUCAUUUUUUACAUUGCCCAUUGUUUCAGGUCUGCAAAAUAAAUGAUCACCUUAGGCCAGCUCUUCGCGAGGGAGCGUCUCUGGAUAGGGCUCUUUUUYCCUGACGUUUUGAAGUUACAUGAAGUGGAACUAGACUGAAGGGAAGUAGUGACCGAGUGUGGGGCUGUGCAGGCUUCAUCUCCUUCCAUGUUACUGGCAACCAAAGUUCUGUUAAGUUUUAACUGAUUUAUCAUGCAGAAGGAGACCAAGAAGAGAGUAGGGAGGGAGGUGUGGAAGGAGCUUAGAAGGAAACAGUGGCUGGCAGAUUCUGUUAAGGGAUGGGAGUGGACAGCGCUUCCUCCUUGCUUGCCUUGUUUUCAACCCCGCCUCUUGCCUUGUAUUCUGUGCCUGCCCCUCCUUGCUUGCCUUGUUUUACCUACCUGCUGUGCCCCGCUUACUCCUCUCUUCAUUCAUUUGAUUUGAUUCCCAACUCAUUUCUAUUCCUUCUAUGGGAACCAAAGUUCAUUGACAGAGCCUCGCAUCCCCUGGUUGGUCUGCCUCUUGGCUUGCAUUCGGUGCCCUUCCUUGCUUGCUUUCCUUUUUGCCUACUUUCUCAUCCUUUCAUUCCUCUCACUUCAGCCAUUGGAAAGAGACAGAGGGGGACAGAAGGACAGAUUAGGAUGGAGUGUGGUAGAGUAUUGUGCAAUUUUUACCAAUU